GGGUGGGUGGGCUGGGGAGAAUCGAUUUUGGUGCCAAAUUUGAAACAUUUUCCCAAAACAGUUUUGCAAAAUGACAAGCCUGUUCCGCAGGAGCAGCAGCAAUGGUGGGUCCCGGGGUGGGGGGAACGCCUCAGCCCAGGAACUCAACAACAGUCGGCCCGCUCGGCAAGUCCGGCGCCUGGAGUUUAACCAGGCCAUGGAGGACUUCAAGACCAUGUUUCCCAACAUGGACUAUGACAUCAUUGAGUGUGUGCUGAGAGCCAACAAUGGUGCUGUGGAUGCUACCAUUGACCAGUUACUGCAGAUGAAUCUGGAUGGGAGCAGCUAUGAUGACAGCUCAGAUUCGGAUGACAGCAUCCCUCCUGAGAUUUUGGAACGGACUUUGGAACCAGAUAGCUCUGAUGAAGAGCCUCCACCAGUGUAUUCACCUCCUGCCUACCACAUGCACAUGUUUGACAGGCCUUAUCCCCUGGCUCCCCCAACCCCACCUCCCAGGAUAGAUGUGCCUAGUGCUGGGGUCCCCCCAACCCAGAGGCGCUAUCGUAACUGGAACCCCCCACUUCUGGGCAAUCUUCCUGAUGACUUCCUUCGGAUUCUGCCUCAGCAGCUGGAUAGUUUGCAGAAUACCCAGAGUGGCCCCCCAAAGCUAGGGCUUGGGGAAGUCAGCCAACCCAUGGUGGGAAAUCUGGAGGAGGAAUGCCGGUGGAAGCAGUACCUGGAAGAUGAGCGGAUUGCCCUCUUUCUUCAGAAUGAAGAGUUCAUGAAGGAGCUUCAAAGGAACCGAGACUUCCUCCUUGCCCUAGAGAGGGAUCGAUUGAAAUACGAGUCCCAGAAAUCCAAAUCUAGCAACAUGGCCGUCAGUAAUGACUUUGGUUUUCCAUCCACUGUCACAGGUGAUGCUGCCUUGGGAGCCAGCGAAGCCAACCCUGCCGUGUCUGAAGAUGCCUUAUUCAGGGACAAGUUGAAGCACAUGGGGAAAUCCACCCGGAGGAAGUUGUUUGAACUUGCCAGGGCCUUCUCUGAGAAGACCAAGAUGAGGAAGACAAAGAGAAAACAGUUGUUGAAGCACCAGUCGCUGGGGACUGCAGCAUCUACAGCUAAUCUCCUGGAUGACGUGGAAGGCCAUGCGUGUGAAGAAGACUUCCGGGCAAGGAAGCAGGAGACACUCAAGGAGGAGGAAACACCCAGAGAAGGACAGUAAGAGGUGCUGGAGUUCACCGGAGAUGAAAUGUCCUAACGGGCAGCCAAAUAGUGAAGGCCUGGCCUUGGCUGCCCGGACCUGCUGCAGUUAGACAGAGGGUGUGUGAGCAUUGAGGCACCAAGUUUCUCCGGCUAGAGCACUCUGCUCCUCCGAAGCUUUGCUUCCAACUGCCUCUUGUUCUUCCCCUCUUGUGCAGAGUUUUGGAACUUUGGGAUUGCCACAUCGUGAUUGGAGGAAGCAUCUGGGGCUCCCCUGCCAAAGGCAGCUGCCAAUCACAGUAUUCUCUUGUAGCUGUGUUGUUUUAGGGGCAAUGAGGAGAGGGCGAUUUUCCUCUCCCAUUUUAAAAAAUGUCUCUCUGUAGCCUCUUGGCUUCCCUUCCCUCCCUCCCACCAUUCCUCUCCCUAAAGGAGCAAGUCCAAUCAGUGGGAGGGUUGGACACAUAAAGCACAGGCCCAAGUUAAUGUAUGGGCAAGGACAAAAUGGAUCCUCAUCUCCCCUCAAGUCCCUAUCUCUUUCUCAGACUAGUCUAGACUUCACUGAAGAGUUGGAGACAUCAUCUAAUCUUCCCAUCCCUCUCAAACAUCCCGCUCUUUUUCUUUCCUGAGCCCCUGGCUGCUAUUUUUCAGGAUGAGACUUAUCUUCCCACUCUUGUUCCCUCUCGAGAGGUCCUUCAGCCACAAGGAUGAAGAAACAGGGACAGAUGGGAAAACCACACUUGGACUGGAGUAGCAGAAGGGGAUGGGUUUUCUGUGAUGAUCUAGAGCAGAAUGCCUAACUGGGAGAAGUUUCCUGAAGUCUUCCCUAAGGUUGUGGCCUCCCAGAAAAAGGGGCUUAGAGGGAUAGCUCUAGAGCUGGAAAUAAGUCAUUUAAUCUAAACCAUUCAUUUUCCAGAUGAGGAAACUAGGGUCCAGAAAGGUUCAUUGAUCCACCCAAGAUUACACAAGUAUUUUUUUUUUUUUUUUGACAGAAAUGGGAUCUGAACUCAGGUUCUAUAAUUCCCAGUUCAGAGUUCCAUGUAUUCUUCCCACUGUGCCAUAAGCAGAGAAAUAAUGUCAUAGGGAAAACUCUCACCUAUUAUAUUGGAGGUUGGUGGUGGUAGUGGUAGGGGACCCUUUCUAAUAAUCUGAAAGACAGGAUGGAACACUUGUUUCCCUUAUUCCUGUUGGGAAAUAGAAUGGGGGAAAGUUGUCCAAUACGGAGUCAGCAGAAGUAGAAAGCUAUUGGGCAUAAUACCAGCUUUAAACUACUGGGCUAGACUUCUAGGCUCAAGACACUCUACAGGCUAGGAUGAUGGGGGAAAAGAAAAGGGAAGAUAGAGGGGCUCUAGUUGGCAGAGGAGGGGAGCAGGUUUCCCCUAUCCUCUGGAAGUACUCUUAUUAAGCUGACCCUAGAUCUUGAGGGAGGAGCUUGCUGCUCAUAAGUAGAAAAUGUUAAACUUGAGGCUAUCUGAGCUAGAAAGAACAGUGGAGAAACAACUGUUUUUUUAAUACAGUGUGCAGGGGCAAGGGGUGGAGUUGCCCUGGGUAUCACCUGCUUAGCCUUGAAAGCUGGCCUCAGUGCAGGCUGAGUCCUGUUUAGGGUGGGGAAGAAACCUGUUCUAAGAGGAAGCUCUACAGGGGGCCUAUUCACUCUCUCACUAACCUACUCAUUGUCCCAGAGAGUUUACUCUCUCUGCCUCUUCACAUUAAUGGGUUGUUACAGGGAUAGGGAGAAGUUGAUCUGAGGAAUCAGGAAGCUUGGAAAGAGAAGAGUUUUUAGGAGAGGGGUUUUCAGCUUCACUAAAGCAUCAAAUCUCUACUGCUCAGUAUGGAGCUUGGUUAUUGUUAAUAGUGGGGUAGGAGGAGGAAGUCUAUAGCUGAUUUGGGGGGGAAAUUAGCAGGAAAUCAAGAUCAAAUGAGAUUAUUCUUAUAGUAUUCUUUCUCCUAGCAAAGAAAGGAGGGGAAAGAGGGGGGAAAAGAGAGAGAGAGAGAGAGAGAG